GGCCAGUCUGGUACAGUGAGAUAAGCCUGGGGCGGGUGGACUGGCCCCACUGUUGACUAGAAAAGACCCCCAGGGAUCUCUGACUCCUGCCUUCUGAACACGGUCCUUCCUGGUUUGCCUCCUCGAGGAGAAUGUGGCCUCAAGGGGCCAUCUUUGUGGCCCUGCCCCAUCUGGGGCCCCUCCUGGUCUGGCUGCUCGCCCCUCAGCGGAUGGCUGGUUGGUGUGACAGCCCGAGAAAGCUGUCCUGGUGCCCACCCCACAAAGUCUUGUUGCUUGUGUGGACGGCCAUCUAUUCUGUCAUGGGCUAUGCCUCCUACCUGGUGUGGAAGGACCUGGGAGGGGGCUUUGGGCGGCCCCUGGCCCUUCCUCUUGGCCUCUAUGCUGUGCAGCUCACCAUCAGCUGGACCGUCCUGAUUCUCUUCUUCGCAGCCCAUGCCCCUGGUCUGGCCCUGCCGCCCCUACUGCUGCUCUACGGUCUGGUGGUGAGCACGGCGCUGAUCUGGCACCCCAUCAACAAGCUGGCUGCCCUGCUCGUGCUGCCCUACCUGGCCUGGCUCACAGUGACCACUUCCAUCACCUACCGCCUGUGGAGGGACAGCCUUUGUCCAGAGCACCAGCCUCAGCCCGUGGGAGAGAAGAGCGACUGAGGCACCGGGGCACAGGAGACGAGGAGGAGGAAGGCCAGGGCAGAGGUGGGGGGACGGCAGGCAGGCUGUGGGGCUCGGGUGGGGAGGCGGGGGAGGUGGCCAGCGACGGAUGAGUCCCUAAGCGUGAUUCCCCACAAUGUGGCCACUAUCCUGGGUCCCCUAGAGCCAAUUUUCAUUAGAAUUCAGAGAAAUGGGAAAGAGAAAGGAAAUUUAUUUUGCACUGAAUAUAAAUUAAUAAAUCCUGGGUUCAUAAACAUUAAUUUAUUAAUAUCAAUGAAUAAAAUCCUGUUACUAACUUUGAGGGUAUGACAUGAAGUGUGUGUGUGUGUGAGUGUGUGAGAUUGAGGGCCGCAGAGUGGGAACAGAAGUGUCUGUGCAUGCGUGGAAGUGAGCACGUGAAUGGGCAAAUGAAUGUUUGGACACAUGUAUGAGGCAGGCUGACACAUCAUCUCUACGCCACUCACGUGCCCUCCCGGAUCUGGCCAAACAAGGUAGGACUCAGGUUUUUAAUUACCUGAAAAACGAAAUCUUUUUGAAAAAUCACAUAAAAGCAAA